AGUGUCGCUCGGGUAACUCGCCGCGUCGGAACUCCGCGUUUUAAACUUGUGAGAUGUGGCGUUCCGGAUAAUAUCGAAAUUUUAAGUGCGAGUUCCCGGAGAAGAGUGCCGCGAGAAAAGUGUCAAAUCUCGUGUUUCUCGUUGAGGGGAGAAGAAAAAGUUUGUGGUGUUUGUUUCGGAGCAAGAACGAGCGCGCACAAAAACAAACUCGUUCGAUCUUCUUCUCGCUCGAGAUAGAGACUACGUGUUGGAAUUUGCGAGCUCGAGUCGAUUCCUCUGGGAUCUGUCGAUCGAAUCUAUCGUGCGAAUCCGAAAACAACAGUGCGAAGAACAGAAAGACCGGUUGAGAAACCUUUCGUAUGCGAACACAAGAUCAGCGACAGGUGCGCGCCCGCCGCUAAGUAUUUCGGCGUCAUCUCACCUCUCGUUCCUUAAUCUGCGUCGGAUCGUAACGCGCGCGCGCGCUCACUUUGAUUUUUUUUUUGCCGUGAAUUACAAUCCCGCUCCCAUAAAUCGUCGCGCGAGUCCCAUUCGACCGACUCCGGAGUAAACUCCUCGCGCCGCGAUCGUAAAUCUCGACCGGCUUUGCCAACAAUUCCAACGGCGUGCGCACCAACGGCCGCAAUUCUCCGCGAUCGUCGCGGAUUCUUCGGCCGGUUCCACCUGCAAUCUCCAGCUGCAUCUGUGCUCGUCCGCCGUCGAUUUCUUCUAUACGCCGGCUCAUCUCCGCAUCCUCCCCGCGUGACCGCGCUCCCGCGUUUCUUUCGAAGCAGAAGACUCACGAAGAAGAUAGUUUUUGUUGCGAAGUCCUUCGAAACUCGAAAGCCAAGAAGAACGGAGAACAGAAAUAAAGUUUCUCCAUUACACUCGUGAAAUUGCAAAAGUGUAAAUAAAUAAAUAAAUAAACGAGGACCGACGAAUACAUUUAUGUAACAGUGCACGUUAUUUUAAAUAAAAGAAGAGUCUUCCGCGGGAGAGACGACUCUCCACACGCGUGCGCAUUAGGAGGACGUAAAGCAAACUGAAAUAAAACGCAGAUACAAGAGAAUUCUUCGCGGAAGAGGCCGGAACACACGAAGAGGAUACGCGGUCGGGAGUGAGAGAGAGUCGCGCGUCGUCACGGUUCAACGCCUCGCGUUAUCCGCGAGUAUCGCCGCGCGGGGAUAACACCAGCUGAUAUUCGUCUUGUUGCGACGUCUUGUAACGACACACGCACACACACACACACACACACGUGUUCUCUCUUUCUCUCUUCGUCAUUCUGUCUGACCGGCUCGAUAGUCCGUCUAUAUUUAGUAGACCGGAGAAGGAGAAAGAGAUACUACUCUCCGCGGAGGAGACGAGUCGGCGCGGUGAUUUCUCGAAGAGGUCGUAGCGAGAGAAAAACCGAGUCGAUCGAGGGUGGAGGAGAGCGGAGGGAAUGUAAUCAUUGUUAUUACCGCGGCCCUGAAGAUCGUACGCACCCGAUUCCCGCGGGUUGAUCCGCGGCACCGGGGGCGGGGGCGUGUUCCGGACGCAUCUCCUUCUCGCACGAAGAGAUGCACCUCUGACAUCGCCGCGGAGACAUUCGAUACGCAAAAAUACGCGAAUCGCACAUUUUCCCCUUCGAUCGAGAGAAAAUCGACGACUCGUGUGUGACGCACGAUCGCAUGUAUCUGUGAAUAUUACCACACAACAGUGUAACAAAUCCUCGCUACGUAAAAAAAACACACAAAUAUUUGGAAAAUAAAAACACAAAGUUUUCGAAGGAGAAAGCAUUUCGUCAUGUUGGAAAAUGUCAACUCGCGAUAGUCGAACUUCUGAUAAGUUGUCGAGCGUGCGACUUCCGUGAGAUAAAUUGCGUAGCGAUAACGACAUCCCCCCUCCCGCGCUCUCCGGAAUCUGUGUGUAAAUUCGAAAAACAAAAAGGGAAAUGUGAAGAGACAUGCUGACCACUGAGAAUCCCGAGGAGUCGCCGAAGAGGCGGUCCACGUUCUACGUGUCGCUGCAAGAGGGCGGCGAGCAGAGCCGACAGUCGGUCGGCAAAUUGACGAAGGGUCACUCGACCGAUGGCACCGGUGGCGAGAAAUUCGCCUGCAACACCUUCCCAAUCGGCAGCACGUCGAAGCCGACGUCCGCGACAUCGACGUCGUCGAGCUCGCUGACGCGCACUCUGAGCAACAGCGAGAGUCUGUCGUCGUGCGCGAGGAAAUCCACCGACGAGGCGUUUCCGGAGGUGAGGGGCAAGGUGCAGUCGUUGACGAGGAUCUUCGAGGCGUCCAAGUGCGAGCGAACGACCGCGAGCGGCCAGACGGAACAGAGAAAGAAAGUCGAGCGCACGAGGUCCUUCAAGACCAUCGAGCGAUUUCAGAGCAGGUUUACCGGCAAGAAAGAGUCCGGCAAUCGAAAGGACAGUCGUCUAAACAAUACCAUCGCCUGUUUCGACGUGGAAGACGACGCCGGAUGUAAGAAGAAAGAAAAGAAUGUCGAAGAGAGACCUGCGGUUACGAAAAUCGUUAUCGAGUCGGCACCGAAGUCGAGCGGGUCGUCGAGCGAGCACAGGAUCAGUCAACAAGAGACAAGAACCAAACAGAAUACAACCCUGACAAAUUUGCUGAUUCGUAGAACUCACAGCACAAAGCUGGCGAGGAGCAAUAGCACCCUGGUGCGAAUCGGCAGGCAGGCGGCCGUGGACAGUCCUUGCGCAAUAGAAAAAACAGACGUUCGUGCGAGAUUUAAAGACAUGGAAAACGCCGAGGAUUCCGCCACAGCGGACGACGAGGGUGUCGAAGCGUCUGUUUUCGAAGAUGCUGAUAUUGACGGCGGGGUUCAUUCAGACACGUCGUACGAGAAGGCUUGUCGAAGGGGCAGCGCGCCCGCCACUCCCGUGCUCGGCGCGCGACCCUUGGAUGUCACGCCGAACAGGAUCGUUAACUUCUUCUCGAAGCGGUCGUUCCGAUCGAACCCUCUGAAGAGAACGAAGAGCGUAACAAAGCUCGAGCGGCAGAAGCAACGGGGCGCCGGUCUUCGGGGUUGCCGUUCGCACGAGUCUCUGCUGUGCGGGCAGGCGGUGACCUCGAUGGACCUCGCGGCGGUGACGCCGUUGCAUCCCAGUCUUCUUGGCAGGCCGCACUGCUUCCAGGUCACGCCGAGCACCGGCGGGCCCAAGUAUUUCAGCUGCAGAACCGCUCACGAACGGGACCAGUGGUUGCACAGCUUAAGGAAAUCCGUUCAGCCGGAUGCAGAACAAACACGUCGAACGGACAACUCCCUGCAGAUCUGGUUGCUGGAGGCGAAGGGCGUGCCCGCGAAGAAGCGAUAUUUUUGCGAGGUCUGCCUUGACAGCACCUUGUACGCGCGAACGACCGCCAAGCUGAAGGCUGAUUUGUGCUUCUGGGGCGAGCACUUCGACUUCCAUCACUUACCCUCUGUCAACACCAUCCAGGUCAACCUCUACAGAGAGGCGGACAGAAAGAAGAAGAGAGACAAAAACGGUUUAAUCGGUUCUGUCAGUAUACCGGUGCACAACGUUACGUCGCGCUAUCUGACAGAGAAAUGGUAUCCCGUAGUGGGUGACAAAGGACCUCUGAAGGAGCCUCCUGCACUAAGAGUAAAAUGCCGUUUUCAGUCGGUCGACAUACUGCCGGUUCAAGUGUAUCAAGAGUUUCUGGAGUAUCUGAAGACCGAUUACGCGUCGUUAUGCGAGAAACUGGAACCUGUUAUCAGCGUCAAGGUGAAGGAAGACAUUGCGACCGCCUUGGUUGCGGUGAUGCAACGGGAGAAAAAAGCGCCGCAAUUCCUCGCCGAUCUCGUCAUGAUGGACAUUCAUCGAAUAGAUGACGAGAGGCUAACUUUUCGAGGAAAUUCGUUAGCCACGAAGGCGAUGGAAGCCUACUUGAAACUGACCGGGGACAGAUAUCUGCAAGAAACUUUGGGAGCCGUUGUGAGAGGCGCGGUUGAAGGUGGCGACUGCGAAGUGGAUCCGCUCAAGGUCGCUUCCGUCGCCGCGUUGCACAAACAACAACAAAAUCUUCGCAACGCCGUGGAACUGGCCUGGAGCAGAAUAUUAUCGAGCCACGCUCACUUCCCGCUGGAGUUACGCGAGUGUUUCCGCAUAUUCCGGGAGCGCCUGGCUGAUAUGGGCCGCGAGGACAUUGCAGACAAUCUCAUCUCCGCGUCGAUCUUUCUGAGAUUCCUCUGUCCUGCCAUUCUCAGCCCAUCUCUCUUCAACAUUACGCACGAAUAUCCGAACGAGAAAGCAGCUAGGAAUCUCACUCUGGUCGCGAAGACACUCCAAACGCUCGCAAACUUCACGCGAUUCCAGGGCAAGGAAAACUUUAUGGAAUUCAUGAACGAUCUGCUCGAGCGCGAAGCUCCGUCCAUGAAGAAUUUCUUGCAGCUAAUUAGCAGCCCACUGCCAAAAGACGCCCCAGCCAAUAACUCGCUCGAGUUUGACGGCUACAUAGAUCUAGGCAAGCAGUUGUCUCUGUUACACGUUCUCUUGCGAGAAAGUGUGACAACGAUUGCCUCAUCUUCGCCGUCGAUGCCGCCGUCACGAUUACCAGAAAUCCUCGACAGGAUCUCCCUGGCCUUGGAUCAGCCAGGUCCGAGUCCUGUACCCGCUGCGCAUCGUUAUCCAAACUUGCAGAACAACAUCUUCCGUUAUAACGAUCCGACCAUUGCCAAUAGCAACACGAAUCUCUCGAUCUCGGCCACGUCGACGCUGAGUAAUCAUAGCACGAUAAACGGAACAAUUCGCGACAGCAACGAAGUGCUGCAGACCAAUACUCUGGGACACAACAGCUCGCGCAGUCCGAACGUCGCCAGAGCGGCGACUCUACCGCGAAACGCUUAUAUGCCGACAAACGGCAAACUGCAAUUGCAAAUCAGUUCGGACGAUUAUCCGCUCGAGCCGCCGGCGUUCGUGUCGCGUUCGCCGACACCGAUCACGCGACAACACAGGCCGCUCGGACCGAAUCGCACCGGACCGGGCUACAGACUAACAGCCAGCGCAAGUUUGGCCAACGUCAAUCACUGCCAGGCUCAUCCGACGAGCCCCACGCGUUCUGAAAGUCACAGCAAUCUGAAAGACUCAAAUUAUAACAUUACCACGUCACCGCAGAACAACCAGUCGAGCAACGGCAGCAUUGUCUCGCAACAGCAACAGCAACAUCGGCACAACAUCGCACGCCUACAGAAUCUUGAAAUACACGAUCGCGAGGACAAUUACAAUCACAACAAUUACAACGUUUCAAGAUCGACCAGUCGAAAUCAUUGCCACAAGGAGGAGAACGCCAAUCAGACGCAACAGCGUAAUUACAACAACGUCUCGAAAACUACGGUGAACGCUAACGUGGUCGUCAAUCCUCCCACAAAUCUCACCCUGUCCAUUAAUCAUCAGCCAAACAACAAUUACAACAACGCCAAAGUUAACAACGCCUCCGCCAAUGGCAAUCUCGACGAACUGUCCGAUUUAUUGAGAUAUGCGGACGACGAGGUUUCGGAGUCCAAGUCGCAGAAGGGCUCGCAGAUCUCAAUUUCGCAGCUGAGCAACGUGGCGUCCUCUGGUUACCAAAGUUUCGCCGCUUACAGUCAGAGCUCGAGUCCGGUAGAUCUCAGCAGCAACAACGCAAACGCGCACAUUCUCAACACAGCGCCGCUAGCGUUCGCCAAUCCUGUUUAUCACAUGGAAUCUAAUCACGCGCGGACGGGCAGACGAGACAGCAGCAGUUCCGAAGAAAGAGAAGGAAGCGGCGGCGGCGGUGUCGAUAGUGUGAGAGGAGUCGAUCUGAGUCCUUCGCCGCCGCCCAAGAACAACGUGCGAAGUCAUCAGAGAAACGGACAGAACCAGUGGAGACAAGGCAAUCAGACCCACAGAAACAACGUGGAACACACGCAGGAUGUCUGCUGCACGAAACUUCGUAGAAGGUUAUCUCUGGAUUCCACGAGAGAUCUGUCAGAUACCAGUGAGGAGGAAAAUUGCACCACCAGGAGGAGCAAAUCUCGCAGUCAUCGAAGCAUCGAUCAGUACGAAGUGGAAAUGUAUGAGGUUGAGAGGCUGCAGAAUAGCGCGGAUCGGCUGCGAUUGCGCGCGCGAUUAGGCGCCACCGAGGAUGCCGAUUUAGACCUCGCGCCCGACACCAACAUGAAGAGCAUCAUCUCCAGGUUAAUCUCCGUGGAGGAGGAACUACGUCGCGAGCAACAGAAGAUGUCGGCGGCGCUGUCGUACAAGCAGCGCGUGAUCGACGCGCAGGAGCAGCAAAUAGCCGCCCUGGGUGCCGCGAAUUCGCGUCUGAUGUCGACAAACGCGAGCCUACUGUCGGCGCUGAGCAAGCAACGUUACAACGCGAAGUCCCAGGGGAACAGUGAGGCCGCGCCGCUGCUGCAGAACAUUGCCGACAUCGGCGAGCUCAAGAGUUCAUCGUGCUAAGGCACGCGUGUCGUCACGGUCGGGAAUCGUCGAGACAAGAUUCUUUCGAGCGACAGAAGAGCGCGCUUUUCUUUACAGAAUCUCGUGCUGCAACACGUGAUGAACAGGCUUCGUUCAUAUCUCUCCCGAACGAUUAAUUUUGCAACAUAUUUCUCGUAAAAAUGAUUCGCCGCAGAACACAAAUAACCGGAAAAAUGUUCGUGAGAGGAUUUUUUUUUAUUCAGAGGGGAAGCGUGCGGAUCUGUGCAUUGGUUGCGAUACGUGGCGUUGAUUUCACGAGUCGUUUCAAUUUAUAACGCUACCUCUCGACAAAAUUUAUCUCGCAACAUUGUGUGCAGCACGAGCAAAUAGCUCCGGCGUUGAGUCGGGGAAAAAUCGGAGGAUGUGUGCGCGAAAGGGAGUAUUAUGUUGAAAAAAAUAAAAAAAUAAAAGAGAUAUUACGACACGAGAGAGAGAGAGAGAGAGAGAGAACAAACGGCGUGCGCGAAAACUAGAGGCUACUUAGUGAAAUAGGCAGACCAAGUAGGCAAUUCUCGUCGAGUUUAUAUACAUAUAAACGUGGCGUUAGGCUAGAUUUAUUUGUACACGCGAGCGAAGGACAAAACCCGCGCGACUCGUCCGAGGUCCAAAUUACGGAGGUCAUCCCGAUCGCACAAACGACUUGCGUCGAUCGUCUUCGAACUUCGCGACCGCGCAAGUCUCCCGACUUUGCUUCGUUCGGCACGAACGAAACGAAAGUGGCAACGAGACGAAUUUAUUAACGCUUUUAUCCCAAUCGAAUCUUUGAAACUCUUGAUCAAUGGCGAAAAGCGACUCGAUUUUCAUAUAAUUCAAUGCGAAUUAUUCCGAUCAUGUUGACACACCAAUAAAAAGUUCGUGGAAUUAUAAAUUUUUGAAUAUAGAGAAUUAUUUGAUACGAGCCAAAAGUUCACUCUCUUGAAGCUUCUUACUUUAUUACUCUUGUCGAAGACCAAAAAAAAAAAAAAAAAUGUACGUGCGUAUGUACGAAAUUUAUGUACAAGUUUCAUUAACUCCAAUCUGAGAGAUUUAUUAACAAUUGUGUAACACGUUAGCUCGAUGGUAUUGAUCGCGACGAAAGAUCGAUGUCCAGUUUCUAUAGUGGAUCAUCCGGUUUGAAGGAUCGUUUUCGUCCAGCAGCGGGGCGCACUCAGACGUAAUGUAAAAGCAGCAGCCCUCGAAUCGACGAAUCGCGUAUUUGUUUUUCCGGUUACCUAUUUACGCACACAAUCACAUGCACCGCAAAAAAAGUUAAUUAAUUGUAAACACAUACGAUAUAUAUAAUAUAAAAUAUACGCGAAGAUUUAACAAUAAUAUAUCGACGUUCGCGUCUCUCUCACCAACAGUAGGAGCGGUAUUUCUCUCGAGCACCGAAUCGUACUGCAGAACCUUUGUAUAGGCAUGUAUAUUUUUCUAUAGUUUGUUCCCCGAAUGUGUGCUCAUAGCGCGUAAAAAAAAAAAAAAAAAAAAAAAAAAAAUAAAUAAAUAAAACCACGCGCGAGUUUUAAUAGUUUUGCGCGCGACUUUCGAUCGACAAAACAUUUGAACACUUGCUUUUUUUGUUUUUUACGGCUUAGGAACGAAUGAAUCUAGCCAAACAACUCGCGAUGUUGUUUUUCUUUUAUAUUUCCGAUCGCCGAGUAUCGAGCGAGAAACAAAAACGGAACAACGCGCUUCCUCGAGGCGACGACGACGGUUCGACCGAAGAAGCUCCGGAAGAGACUCUCGGGGACUUUCCAAAGCAACGUUUUGCGCGCGCCUUCUUCGAAAUCUUUUUUUUUCUUUUUUUUUUUUUUUUUUUUUUAUCUCGACGGGCCGCGUGCAAACUUUUAUGACUCUACCUUUGAUUCAGCACGAUCCAAUCUUUAACUCUAAGCGACGAUAUUUAUUUAGUAGUGAUCUACCAAAGAUGAAGAAUUUGUAAAGAGAGUAUUCGAGAUUUAUGUAAGAUAUUAUUUGGUUUUUUGUUUGUUUGUUUUUUUUUCUUUUUUUUUAUCUUGGCCAUUCCCGAUGAAGGCGAUAUGUGAUUUUUAUCGUCAGGCGUAUGGGGAGAAAAAAAACAAAAACGCAAGUCCGGGAACACGAUAAUAGAGCGAAAAGCGGUGUGCAAGUCACGCGAUGAAAUUCGGAAACACACUCCGUUCUUCCCGCUCCGCUCUCGGUAUUAUUAUUAGCAACAAGAGAAAGAGAAAAAAAGAAAAACACUCCCUCUCCUCCCCGAAUUUGCACACCGAGAUUCCCGAGGCUCGCGCGAAAUUGCUUGUAAGUUUUAUGCGCAAUUUUAAAAGCGCGGUGUUAAAACGCAUGACAAUUAAUUAAUUAAUUAUUUAGUUUUUCCGAAGGUCUCGCUCGUUCGCAAAGCGUAAAUGUGUGUUACGAUUUACAUCACAAUAACAAUUUAUUAUUAUUGUAGCCAUUGUCGUACAAUGCAUGCGUGAAAGACUGAAUGAGAAAGCGAGCGAGAGAGCGGGAGAGAAAGAGACGGACGAUGCGCAAAACUGCGCGUGCAAAAGUAAGAGAAUGAGAGAAUGUGCGUGCGAGGCAAAAGCCUGUGUGUAUAUGUGUGCGCGUAUGUACGUGUGUAUGGAAAGGAAUGCGAAAAGAUUAAUAAUCAGUCUAAUCUCUCGUUAAGAAAAAAAAAUCAAGUAUUAUCUCGUCGACUUUGUAUCAUAGCUCGCUAUUCUUCUGCGUGUUCGAGCGUGUUUGAGUUUUUCUUGCCUCACACAUUAUUUUUGUAUAGAGACUGUACCCUCCUUUCUUUCUUCUUCCGCGCUUUCAAUCAUUUCCCUUUUGUACUUUUUCUUCUUCCGGCAAUUUGCAUUGCUUUUUCGUGACUCACUCUAGUAUUCCCCCCCCUUUCCAUUUUCUUCGACUCGUCGAGUGUUUACACAUGAGAUAAAAUUAAUAUAUAUAUAUAUUAACUCUAUUCCUUCUUCUUGUUGGACGAUGUAAUCGAUAAAAUAUCUAUUUAAAAAAUCA